AUGUCCGCUAUUUUGAAGCAGAGGGUGAGAUACGCUCCAUACUUACAGAAGUUGAGAAAGCCAGAAGAAUGUAUUGAGCUUUUUAAGCACGGCCAAUACCUUGGUUGGUCUGGAUUUACCGGUGUUGGUGCACCUAAGGCGAUUCCUCACGCUUUGGUUGAACAUGUUGAAAAGAACAAUUUGCAAGGUAAGUUUGCAUUCAAUUUGUUCGUCGGAGCUUCUGCUGGUCCAGAGGAGUCAAGAUGGGCAGAGCAUGACAUGAUCUUGAGAAGAUCGCCACAUCAAGUUGGUAAGCCCAUUGCGAAGGCCAUUAACGAAGGCAGAACUUUGUUUUUUGAUAAGCAUUUGUCUAUGUUUCCUCAGGAUUUGACCUAUGGAUACUACACAAUGAACAAGGAGAACGAUUUGCUUGAUUAUACAAUCAUCGAGGCUACUGCCAUCACUGAGGACGGCUCUAUCGUCCCAGGUCCAGCAGUCGGUGCUUCGCCCGAAAUGAUUUCUGUAUCUGACAAGAUUAUCAUCGAAGUCAACACUGCAACACCAUCUUUCGAGGGAAUUCACGACAUUGAUUUGCCUGUCAACCCGCCAUUUAGACAACCCUACCCACACACCGACGUUGCAUAUAGGGUGGGAAGAGAAUCCAUUCCUGUGGAUCCCUCGAAGGUUGUUGCAAUUGUUGAGUCUACUUCCCGUGAUAAAGUUCCUCCAAAUACACCAUCCGAUGCUAUGUCUCGUCAAAUUGGUGACCAUUUAAUUGAAUUCUUCGAGCACGAAGUGAAGAUGGGAAGAUUGCCUGCAAACUUGUUGCCAUUGCAAUCUGGAAUUGGAAAUAUUGCAAAUGCUGUUGUUGAGGGUUUGGCUUCUUCGAAGUUUAAGAAUUUGACCGUGUGGACUGAGGUUUUGCAGGACUCCUUCCUUGACUUUUUCGACUCUGGGUCUUUGGACUUUGCCACAGCUACUUCCAUCAGGUUGACUGAAGCAGGAUUUGAGAGAUUCGAUGAAAGUUGGGAUGAAUUCUCCAAGAAAUUGUGUUUGAGAUCUCAAGUAGUAUCUAAUUCUCCAGAAAUCAUCAGAAGGUUGGGUGUGAUUGCCAUGAAUACUCCUGUCGAAGUUGAUAUGUACGCUCAUGCCAACUCUACGAAUGUUAUGGGAUCGCGUAUGUUGAAUGGAUUGGGUGGUUCUGCCGACUUCUUGAGAAAUGCCAAGUUGUCUAUCAUGCAUACACCAUCUGCUAGACCAUCCAAGACUGAUCCAACGGGUGUGUCCUGUAUUGUUCCAUUUGCCCCUCAUGUUGAUCAGACGGAGCACGAUUUAGAUAUUAUUGUUACUGAACAAGGCUUGGCUGAUUUGAGAGGAAUGGCUCCUAGAGAAAGGGCAGUCGAAAUUAUUGACAAAUGUGCUCAUCCCGACUACAAGGCUCAAUUGCAUGAGUACUUUGAUAGAGCUUGUUUCGAGGCUAAGAAGAAAACCUCCUUGCACGAGCCCCACAUCUUGAGAGAUGCGCUCAAGAUGCAUUUGAAUUUCCAAGAAAAUGGUACUAUGAAGUUGGAUUCUUGGGACCAGAAGAUUCCUCGUGGUACUUUGCACAACAAAUGGAAAAGACUCUUCCAUUCAUCCUUGAGAUCUUCUAUUGACUUCGAUCCGUACCAGGUUCUCGGUGUCGAGAAGAGUGCAAGUGCAUCUGAUAUUAAGAAAGCAUAUUACCAACUUGUUAAGAAAUUUCAUCCAGAUGUAUCCAAAGAGAAAGAUUCAGAGAAAAGGUUUCACAAGAUCCAGGAAUCUUACGAACUAUUAAGUGAUAAAGACAAGAAAGCACAGUACGACCAAUUUGGAGCGCUGGCUUUUGAUUCGAAUGGCAAUGCCAACCCUUAUGGAAAUGGAGGUAAUCCAUUCGGCUCACAUUCGGGAAAUCCUUUCGGUGGUGGCCAGGGGAACCCCUUUUCUGGAAUGGGGUUUGACUUUGAGGACCUUUUCAAACAAGCCUUCAACCAAGGAUCCGGAGGAGGCAGAGGAGGCAGAGGACAAGGCUCAUUCGUGACAGAGCACGUCGGUGACAAUAUUGAGGUCUUGAAAUCGAUCUCUUUCAAAGAAGCAAUUUUCGGAACAAAGGUUGAUAUCAACUAUAAAGCUGUUGACUCAUGUGGAACUUGUCAUGGUUCAGGAUUAAAGCUGGGAAAGAAAAAGAAUACCUGUCCUUCGUGCCACGGAACGGGACAAAGUACUCACAUUAUUGGAGGCUUCCAUAUGGCCUCAACUUGCAGUACAUGUCAUGGGUCUGGUGUAACUAUUAACAAAGAUGACCAGUGCUCAACUUGUCACGGAAAUGGUGUCGAGGAAGCACCUAGGUCAACUCAAGUAGACUUACCAUGUGGAAUCGCAGAUGGUACUCGUUUGAGAAUUCCUGGUGGAGGUGAUGCUCCAUUUGUGACAAAGGAUCCCUAUAAUCAAACGAGGAACGGUGAUUUGAUUGUUAGGGUUCAUGUGAAAAAAGACCCAGUAUUCGAGCGUUCGAAGAACAAUAUAGUCUUAAAUCAGGAAGUCUUGAUGACUACGGCCGCUUUGGGUGGAGAAAUAGUUGUACCAACAAUCGAUGGUGAGAAAAUCAAACUAAAAGUCAGACCAGGUGUUCAGUCUGGAAGAAAAUUAACUAUUCCAGAAAAGGGUGUACCAAUUAACAGAAACAUGAACAAUAGAGGUGACAUGGAUGUUAUUCUUAAUGUGAAAACUAUUGUUCCAGAAACACCAGUACAGACAGCAUUGUUGGAGGCAUUAGCAGAUGCGUUCAAUGAUAAGAAUGCGAAAAGAACGCAUACAGAUUGGAAAUUAGACCUUGAUGAGGAGGAUGGUCAGACUACUGAGGUAUACAAUGAGAAUGACCUACACCCAUCGAAGUUGCAAAGAAUUGGAAAGAUGCUAGGAAACAGACAGAUUGAUCUGCUCAUCAAAGAGUCAAGUCAUUUGUCAGUUGAGAAUGCUCCUUCCGGUUUGACACUGUCCCCACGGUUUAACUCAAGGCAACAGCGCAUAAAUCAAAGUAUCGUAUGGUUCGAGGCCAACUCGGCAAGAACAAAGAUUAGCUCCUACGACUUUGACAACAAAUACGAGGAUGAAGCUAUUGAUCGUGAUGUCGAUAUUUUCAACGUGCAAUAG